AUGGAUAGGCGUCGUCAUGCUCGCACUGACAAGACAACUUUGAUCGAAGGUCUCUGGAGGAACCUGGCACUUGAGCGAAUCGUAAACUUUGCUCAUUCAACAGGAAUCACAAUCGACCAACUCAUAAUCCACCAGCUCAUAAUCGACGCGCAGAGCGGGGAUGUAGCAAGAGCCGAAGAGGCGGCUUUGGUCAAGGUUAGCCCUGAAGAUGCGAAGUCUCCUCGAGACGUGCUCAAGAAGACGCUCUCUGUUCGGUCAGUUCUAUCGACUAGCUCCUCGAUUGCGGAACGCAUGGAGGCUCUUCGGGAAGCGGACCUUAGCACACUGAAACUGGGGCAAAUCGGCCGCGGCUCUUUUGGCACAGUAUUCGAGAUUCCUGGUACAGAAUGGUGUCUCAAAAAGACCCUUACCUCGCCAGAUAGGCUCUGGGAAGAGUUCCAUACUGGCCUGAUCAUGCGAGAGAAGGUCAACGGCACAGCAUCAAACGCAAUCUUCAAGAGUGAACAACUCCAGGAAGCCCUAAUGCCUAGGGUUCCUCGAUAUCUCUGGUCACAGGGUAUGGGCGAUGCCCAAAGCGCCGAACGAUGGUUUAAAGAGAAUGGCCGUAAGUUCCCCGCUGAGAACGAGGGUCAGAAACCAGGCCCAAUUAUAUGCCUGGAGAGAAUCAUGCCUAUCCCCAAGUUGAUCCGCGACAACCUCAUCAAGCUUUACUUUAAGCCCGAGAAUCAAGAAGAAGCUCUUGCUGAUAAGGCCAACAAGAGUUGUCUCUGUCAACCCUAUCUCGGAAGCAGAUCGUCGGAAAUAGCUCCGGACAAACGAGAAAAAGAACUCCAGACAUUGCAAAACUUCCCUCUUUACCUUGAUCAAUUAGAGGACUUGGAGAUGGAACCCUUGACGAUCGCACAAGAUAUGGCCAUGAGGAGUUAA